UGCGCGCCUAGUUGAAGGAGCCUCUCUCCACACCCGGUCCCCCCUGCGUGCCUAAAACUUUUUAAUGAAAUCCCCACUUACUUUUUGACAAAUAUUCUUACUCUGUAAGGGUCAAGAGUGUUUCCAACAUAUUAAUCAGCGUGUUUAUUGAGAGGAAGACUCCAGAAUAUGGAGCCCAGUUCCACAGAAGGAGGAGCUGAGGAGACGCUCCUUAAAAAUAACCCACCAUGUCCUCCUCCCAAAUUGAUACUCAAGCAUGGCCAGGAGCUGGAGGAAGAGCAGGAGGAGCUGGCCGAGCAUCAGCCCCUAGAGCAGGAAGACCUGAACUUUGAGAGGUGGAAGCGAAGGCCCCUUCCCAAGAGGACGCUCCACCAGAAAAUAGAUGACGUGAAGACGUACCUGUGGAAUGCGGAGACCAACGAAUUCAUGGGUCGCUCUGGGAAGAGCUGGAGCCUCAUCCUGCUCUUCUAUGCUGCACUUUAUUUGUUUCUGGCCGCCAUGUUUGGCGGCUGUAUGUUUUGCCUCAUGUGGUCCAUUAGUCCCUACCAUCCCACCUACAACGAUAGAGUGAUGCCACCAGGUAUGACGAUGGCCCCGCACCUAGAGGGCCACGAGAUCGCUUUCAACGCGUCCGACCACAAGUCCUGGAGGAAGUACGCCCGCUCCAUGGAGGAGUAUCUGAAACCGUACGGCGACGCCGUGCAGGAGAGGAAGAAUAUCCGCUGCACACACGACGCCUACUUCAUGCAGGACGACCUGGAGGAGAGCGCCGAGCGAAAGGCCUGCCAGUUUAAGCGGUCCUGGUUGGGGGAGUGUUCGGGGUUGAAGGAUCCCCAUUAUGGCUAUUCUCAGGGAAGGCCAUGCAUUUUGCUCCGAAUGAACAGGAUUCUUGGUUAUUUACCCGGCCAGGGCAAACCAAUAAAUGUGACUUGUGGAGUUAAGAAAGGACCAGCAGAGGCCUUGGGAGACCUGGAGUUCUUCCCUAAGAGCAUCUUCGACAUGAAGUACUACCCGUACUACGGGAAGCUCAGACACGUGAACUACUCCUCGCCGGUGGUGGCGGUUCGUUUCGCAGGAGUGCAGUACGACGCUCACAUCCAGGUGCAGUGCAAACUGAACGGGAAGGGGAUCAUCAACGACUCGCCCACUGACCGCUACCUGGGCAGCGUGACCUUCUCCCUGGACGUCGGCGCCUAAGGCGAGGGCCCAUGAUGUGUACAAGGAAAGAGCUACGUUGAACAUUUAUUAUUUUUUUUCUCAAAAUAUCUCCCUCUCCUCAUCUGUCCUUUAAAUACCCGCAUCUUCCUGCUGUGAAACAAACCCCUCAGAAGUAGAGUUUUGCUUUUUGGUCGUAUGGUUGAAGCCUGAGCGUGCGGUGGGCACGUGCACUCACAACACUGGGCGCAGGCCCAGUGCAUAGUGUGAGUUACAGUUCAGUUCCUGAUGCUUUGUAAUGAUUAGAAAGAUUAAUCAAACUAAAUUACACUGCCCAAUAGUUAGCUUUUCUGGCUAUGCAAAUCCGAUUAUGUCUUAAAACGAUAUUAGGGACUUAGGAUCAUUGUGACAGGUUAGAUUAAGGUUUGCGUGCACAUUUGUGUGUGACAAGUGUACUAAUUUGUUUUUGCUUUAUAUUUUUCAAGCAUGUAUGUUGUAAGAAUUCAAGGAACUCAUGCAAACACUGAAGGCAGGACUUGUACUGUACUUACACAGUAAAAAAAAAAAGAAAGAAAA